GAGAUGAACAUCGAGAGUGUAGAACUCUUCGGUGGACUUGGUGAUGGAGUAUGCCGACUCAUGGUCAUUGCCAAGUUCGUUUGUACUAUGAAUUGCUCCAAUUACAUGAUGAGCAACAUCCAAAAGCUCACUAUGUGCUUGUUAUUGGAAGGUGAACAAUGGCGGGCACAUCAGCGUCAAGUCUUCCAUUAUGAAGAUGGAGCAUGGGUCAUGGUACCCUCCUUUACAGUUCGUGGAUGGGAUCUACUCUUGGCCUUGGAAGGCCUCUUCGUCCAGCUGCCCACUUCUUUGGACGAUCAGGAGUUGCAGGUGUCCUGGACUUGGCAUGAUAUGAAGAUUUACUUGAUGGAUAUUGUCGGAGACAUGGUCGAGACUGAUCUGAAUGUGAUGCAAGUCUUGACUGAGGUCGCCAAAAGCAACAGCGACCAUGUGCGUGUCAAAACGGGGAACAAAGUAUGGCAGGCUCGGUGGACACGACGCGUCGCCGAUAUGCUAGCACAGUUUCGCAAGGCAUUGGAAUCUGAGAAUACAACGAAGGGGCUCACCAAACUCUUCCUGACAGAAUGGGAUACUACAAUGCCAGUGUCGAAUGGAGUUUGCUUCCGGGACGUGUGCUUGGAUAAGAAUUGGAACGUCGCAAACAAGUCUGCAGAGGCCAAUUGCUACUUGAAGCUUGACUACCAUUUCUUUUGGGAGAACAAGAUGGCUGACCACCAGAACAUCAGUAUUGCAGAAGUGGGUAAAGGCGGCGACGGUAAAGGGAUGGAGGCGGUCUUGGAUCGAGCACUCUUUGGUGACCUGGCCACUGCUACUUUAGACUGCGGUAUGUUCCUUGACAGGGUGGAGUUCAGGAAGUCAGCUGAACUUGCAUGGAACAAAGCCAGCAUACGCAUCCAGGAGAUGGAGAGUCGUGGGCGGUUUGUGGCAGAUGUUUGGAAACGGUUUGUAGUCGAUGAAGAAAUCGACUGCAGGGUCAAUUUCGGAUUCACGAGCAAGCGACGAUUCGGCUCCGCGAUGAAGAUUCAAGAGCUCAACUUCGAAAAUAUUCCCAUAAUCGAAGAGAGCAAUGACCGCACCAAGAGCUUGGAGCAACUUACACGACCUGUGAUUUGCUUUCUCAUGGGCAAGGUUACCUUCACCAUGGACAACAGCCAGGUAAACCAUUCCCGCGGGAUCUAUAAGUUAAUUCCACAGGAUGAGCUCACCAAUUUCCUGUCGAAUCCUGUCGAAUCCUAUCACUGUGCAACAACCCCUCCCCCAGGCACUGUAGUUGACGUUAUCAUAGAGGCGGAGACUCUUGUCCAGAAGGUGCAUGCCAACACCCCGCAAAGACGAAUAUUCAAGGAGUAUCUCAUUCAUAAGGUCGAGGUCCUACCUGGAUGUGCCGCAUCGUCCAAAGGGAAGAAGCCGAAAUUGUCCAACUUCGUCGAGGCCUUAGACCUUGCUAACAGUCGUUUGUUCAAUCAGGUCGACUCAUCGUGCUUUCACAAGCUACUGAUUGACUGGCAGCGGCUUGUCGAUGCGAUGGAACAGCAUGGUGGCUCUGCAGUGAUUGGGACGUGGGCUGACUGGACCUGUCCCUUUCAGCUUCUACAUGAGCAGGAGAAAUGGGACGGCAAUGCGUUUGAAAAUCACUGUCAGACUAUGUUGCGACAUCGCACACAAACCACGGAAGCAACUUUGGUGCGGCCUAUCGAGUGUCGCCUGUUAGAGACGAUCAAUCUCAACGCCCUCGAGGACUAUGCGGCCCAUGAGACAGAUCGCCGUCAGGACCUUCUAUGUCACUACCUCCAGCGCCAUCGUGCAAUGGGAACCAAGAUGGGUAGCUCCUCGCUCCUACAGGUCGAGUACUAUAAGCUUCCACAUUAUGGUCGCCUACUAUCUCGUGGACCUUCAGGUCAGAAGCUCACGAAGGAGGCUCGGACAGUGGCAUUCGACCUCGACUCGGCAGAAGUGGACGCAGCAUGUUGUUAUCCCCGCCUUCUUGUGCGAAAGCUCCAGAUGUUCGAACUUUGGGACGAGACUAGGUUCCCCAUGCUCAACCUAUUUGUGGAGCACUAUGCGUCAUGGCGGGAGGCGACCGCUAAGUACGUGGAUAUUCCUGUCGCUGAUGCAAAGAUGGAGCUCAUCCGCAUUUUCUAUGGCGGCAAGCCCUCCUUCGAAGCUCCCUGGAUCCUCAAACUUGCUGAUGAGGUUCAAAAAGCAGCUUCUUGUCUAUUGCGUCAUCCAGAGGCAGCAGCAUGGCGAGACUUAUACUCCGAUCGUCGCAAUCCCGAGUUCAGUCGACUUUCGGCUUUGUUGUCCUUCGAGGAGAAUGAAUUGUUGAAGGAAGCCCGUGAUGUCAUCGGGAACCAGUCCUGCGUGUUGCUCUUCGAUGGGGCUAUCAUCCAUUGCACCAGUUUGGAACAUGAGAUUUUGGUGUCAGAAUCGUGUCGACGAUGCGCCCAAUCCAUUAUUCCAAUGUCUGUGAAGUCCUGGCCCACAUCGACACAUUCGAUGACACUAGCCCGUCUGGCUCUUCGGCGGGACAUGCUGAGUGUUGUUUUGGACGGCAAUGUGAUCACAUCAUUCCAGAACUGUCUACUUAAUGGCAUCGCCAACGUAGAGUUCAACGAGAUCAUAUGUUUCGCUUCGCAACAGCCAAGCUCGGAAUCCGUCCACAUGAUCUUGGAGCCUAUGACUGACGUCCUCACUCAUGUCUGCUCGAAGGAGAAGUGGCUUUGUCACCAGCAAAUGUCUGAUGGCACUGGACAUUGGUUUGCUGUGGUUUUCGAGGAAUCCGGUGAGGUUCGGCUUGUUGACAGCACUGCAGGUGCACGUAGACUGUCCAUUGCUGCAGAUGGCCUGGCAUCCUUGUGCUGUCAACUUUCUGGGUUGACAUGGUUUCAACUUCGGAAUAUUCCCCACAGCAUUCCCAUGGACAACAAUCGUGCCUACAUGCAUGAGGGUACUGCGACGGGUGUUCAUGAUGAUUUCCGCGUUUCCUUCCGAACGCCCUUGCAACACUGUGUGAAGUGUCAGUCUACCUUAGCGUCUGCCGACGUUAUGGCAGCCAGACUGUACACCUUGCGGGGUGUACAGGAAGUUGAGCACAUCCCCAUGCGCUGCACGUCGAAGUCUUGUCGCAUACGACAUUUGUACAACUACAGGAAACAGGGUGGCAAGAAGCUUAACACAAUGCAACAUGAUCAGAUGGACGUCAUCUUUGUCAACAGCAACACCGCCUUCGCAAAGGAGUUCCUGGAGUACCAUGAUGCACUCCAGUUUCGCGGCUGUGUCAGCAACAAUGCCAUUGCAUGGGCACAACAAGAGGUCUUAUGGCAAGAUGAGAACGAGCAUGCGAGCUGGAAUCAAGCGUACAGUAUCGCCAGCUUAUACUACUACAUGAUCCGCGAAGCUGAGAAAAUGUGGGCCCGAUCAACAAACGCCAAGGACAAGCUCGCCGCCAUCGACCUGGACAAUCCACUCACCGACGCAUUCAUGGCGGAUUACACUACGCGGUGGCACAAGCAUCAGCUGACGCGCACCGAGCACAUGUCCAUCCGGGAGAUUGUUCUUGAUGGCCAUGAGAAA